AUGGCAUCCAAUAGGAUUAGUAAUUUGCCCGAUUCCCUUCUAACUCGCAUUCUAUCAUCGCUUCCCAUCGAAGAUGUAGUUUCAACCUCCAUUCUAUCAACCAGAUGGCGAUACAUUGAGGGAAGGAUCAAACAAUUUCGACUCAAUCGUAUUGACAUAUCAGGGAUCGAUGAUUCACGUGUUUGUGCAUGGAUAUAUGGUGCAAUUUGGCAUGGGGUUAAGGAGAUAGAUUUGGUUUUUGCUCUAGAGUCCAAUAACAUUCCCAUGUUGCCUAAUGCUCUGCUUUUUACUUGCAAGACACUGGUGAGAUUGAAACUGGAAAUCCCAUUUGUAAUGAGUGUUCAUAUUCAUGUUUGUUUGCCUAGCCUCAAGAUCUUGGUGCUUCGAUCUACUAAAUUUGAAGAUGAUGAUUCAGUCAAAACGUUCUUUUCAGGAUGUCCUAUACUUGAACAAUUGUCUAUCUUCUAUUGUGACAUGCGAAACAUAAUCUAUCUUACAAUCUCAAUUCCUUCACUUAAGAGCUUGACUUUACUUCUUAACGAUUAUCCCCUUGAUGACCAUUCACUCUGCUUAGCGUUUGCCAUUGUCAUUAAUCUUCCAAGUCUUGUUUACUUCAAAUACGUGGACUUCAGAGCAAAAAAUUAUUUGACGGUAAACAUGCCUUCUCUUGUUAGGGCUGGUAUUAAGGUUUAUGGAACGUUAACUUUUACAACAGAAGUAGAUGUUUUAGUUAAACUUUUUGAAGGAAUUGACAAGAUCAAGUCACUUCAUUUGAGUAUCAAUCCAGAAGCAAUGAGUUUCAUUUUUAUUCGUCAAUAUUGA